GCUCGUCAACGUUCCUUCCUUCCUCACCUCACAUAACCCCGCGCUAUUUUUCUGCCACAUCCCCGCUUGCUGUGGGAUCCACCGAGCUGGCCAAUUAGAUUAUGCGGUCGGAGCCCGAUCUUGUCCACAUUCGAGAAUCCACAAUCAAUCUCACGACAACCAAGCCACAACUGGCAACCGCGACCAUGUCGAAAAACAAAAACAAGAAGAGAAAGCAAAAUGACGUGACCGGCAACCUGCCGAACAAGCAAUUCAAAACGACCAACAAGCCGAUCACGCCGCCGCUCGAAGGCGACGACCGCAGCGAUGACGGCGUCAAACCAAACGGUGGCGAACCCACGAGUGUGCACGCCGUCGUCUCACCAGAGGAGCUAGAAAUCGCGGCUGAGACGCUCGCCGAGCUCGCAAAACAUCCCGCCCUGCUCAAAUCCCGAGCCUGCAAAGACCUCCGCGUCGCCGUCUGGGAUUUCCGCCAAGCAUGUCCGACCGGCCUCAACAGCACCGGAGCCAGUUCUAACUUGACCGGCCGCAUCACCGCCGCUCUCGCCGAUGGAAAAUUCACCGACGCCAAGGUCCUCCUCGCCGAGAUGAGAAUCCGCGGCGAAUCGCCCAAGCUCGGCGCCCUCUGCCGCUGGGUGCGCGACCUCGACGUCAUCAGCGGCGUCUCCACCCUCGAAGACGAAACCCCCACUGGGCGCACCGCCCGCGACAAGGAACUCAUCAGCGUCCUCGACGGCGUCCUCCGCGUCUGCGGUGUCAUCGACACCAACCCCUCCGCCGACUUCGACCCCUCCACGCCCAUCUGCGUCCAAGAAACCUGGGACCUCCGCCCCCUGUCCUCCGCCCCGACCCUCCAAACCCAUGCCUCCGUCCUUGACGGCUCCAUCUUCCUCUCUGCCCCACCUAACCUCCACGAAUCUCUUCGCGUCAUCGAGAGCACCCCCGGGCCCCUCCGCAAGCCCCCCAACCACCACGACGCCAUCCUCUACACCACCAAGCCCGGCGGCGUUCCCUUGUCAUCCGUCCCCCCACCCAUAACCUACCACCACCACCCCGUCGUCCCCAACCUCUCCCUCGCCACGCGCGUUCUUUCCCCCGCCGAAUGCCAGGCCAUCAUCGCCGCCGGCGAGACCGCCACGUUCCUGCCCGACGCGCCCCUCCGCGAGGACGGCGACGUCUCCGUCCUCGCGCACAACUUUUACUGGGUCGUCGACCAGCCCUUCCACGACACCCUCUGGUCGCGCGUCUCCCCGUUCGUGCCCCGUACCGUCGACGGUCGGAUGGCACGCGGCCUCAACCGUCGCUUUCGCGUCUAUCGCUAUGUUCCCGGCGCGGAGUACCGUGCGCAUAUCGACGGGGCUUGGCCUCCGAGUGGCAUCUUGCAGGACGAUACGUAUGUGUAUGAUGCGUCGCCGGAGGGCGGGAAGCAGAGCAGUUUGUUCACGUUUUUGAUCUAUCUGAAUGAUGAGUUCGAGGGCGGGGAGACGACGUUUUUCUUGCCGAGCGCGAGGGAGGGGGUGUUGAAUGCGUAUCCGGUGCGGCCGGUCAUGGGCGGGGUGGCGGUUUUUCCGCAUGGGGAUGCGAGGGGGGCGCUGUUGCAUGAGGGGACGGGCGUGAGGAGGGGGGCAAAGUAUGUAAUUAGGACGGAGGUGGAGUACGACGUUGAGGCGACGGUGGGAGUGGCGGGGGAGUAGAGGGAAAGGGAAGGCGAUGGAUAGGAUAAAAAGUUCUGGGUUUUGUUGCUUUGCAUAUAUGAAAGAGUUGGAUAGGAAACACAGGAUGAACGAGAACGGAAACAAAACUACGACAUAAAUACUUGAACCAUCGGAGUGACCACCCUGCGAAGGUUCUCCAAAUGAAGCUUCACUUUUCCCGUUAUGUUUCGACCUCCACGUCAUCCUCACCCUAAGCCUUUCGCCUCUAAUCCCCCCCUCUUUGCCACCAGCAGACUGACUGCGGCUUCUCUACGGCCCUUAAGAGUCCCCUCGGCCACUUCUACAUCUUCAUCGCCGACAUUGGAAGAACCUGCGCCCUCUAUCGCUAGAAGAUGC